CACUUUACCGCGGCCAGUUUACAUUCGGUUGCCAUGGACACGCGGCCUAUGCCGACGUCUCCAUGACACCGUUAUCACGUGACAACGUCGUAAGGGGGCGGAGCACCUCACGCAUGCGUAAUCCACACCACGGGCCGCAGUUGCACACAGGGGAUUCGGUACACCUGGGGUAA